AUGAACAACACUAUCCUCGAAGCAUUGCCAUACACACCAAGCACCAUGACUCUUCAAAACACCACAAUCAGCGAUAACAACAUGGGCUCCGAGACAUUCCCCAGCUACAGCACAUCUCAAACCUCAACCCCAACAACGAAGCAAUCAGACUCCCCCACAAACACCCCCUACAACAGCAUUUCCUCAACAAACGCAAGCACCCAGCAAGUCGCCCACGCAGAGUCCACCACCAACGACGAAUCCAACGGAGUCUCAGACCACACAGAACGCCGCCGAGGCUCAAGAGCCAACGGGCUAAGCGCAGGAAGUUCUGCGGCAAGGAGUCGCUCAAGAGGCGCGUGGGGUGAACAUCGCAUGGCCAAGGACGAGAAGGUUUGGGCUCAGGAUAAGGAGCGGAAACAUGGGAAGCUGUUUGAGAGGAUUUUCGAUCAUAAGCUUGCGCCGGAGUUUUUGAAGUAG